AUUGCAGAUUUUAUGAAGUUUCUAUUCAAUGAUUCCAAUAUAUUUAUAUGAAAUGUAUUUAUUUCAAUCAUAUUUCAAUAUAUAUUUUUUUUAUUCUUACAGCUGAUAUGGUACUACAUCGUUUCACUAGCAUGAAACAAACUUUUAUGACGAACUAUCGGAAAGAGCGUAAAUCUAAAGGAAGAUGUAGUGGAAAAAGUCCCGAAGAAAUAUACAAACCAAAAUGGAUUUUAUAUGAGAAGCUAAAAUUUCUGAGAAAAACAUGUGCUCAGGCAGAUAGUCUGUCUAACUUACAAAAUCCUUUAAAUAUUUCAAAUUCUAAUAGCAACGAAUCUUCACGAAAUGAUAUUGCAAUGGAAAAUAUUGAGUUUCUGGAAAAUGAUUUUACAGAUAUACAACAAUGGCAAGCCAUGCCUAUUGAUAAUCAAGAAAAUGAAACUGACAACAGCCCAUCUUUCACAAGUACAAAUAGUCCAGCAAGUUCGUCAUCGCUUUGUUAUAAAUCUAAUCCAAACAGUCCAUCUGAUUCAUCAACAGCGUUACCAGAACUUACUCAUCCUUCUGCCUUGAAACCAUAUAACAGACAAGACAUGUAUGUGAAAAGAGGAGCAGCAAAAAAAAGGCGGGUGUCAGUAAUAGAGGAGGCAAUGGAUGCCAUUAAAACAUUGACAAAUCAACCAUUACCUAUUUCUGACAAUGAUUCAGUAGAGCACUUUGGAAAUUUCGUGACAGCAAGAUUACGAGAAAUAAGUCCUAUAAGUCGUAAGAACUGUGAACAUGAGAUUAUGAAAAGUCUUGCAAAUUAUUAAUUACCAAAAAUUACCAAAAACCACACACACACACACACACACACGCACACACACACACACGCACGCACGCACGCACGCGCGCACGCACGCGCGCGCGCGCGCGUAUAUAUGUAUGUUAUGUUACAUUAUUGCAUGUCACAUAUAGUUGCAAUAAAUUAUAUAUUAAGUUACAUUAUUAUAUAUAUUUGCAAUAAGCUAUAUAUUAUGUUACAUUAUUACAUGUUAUAUAUGUUUGCAAUAAGCUUUAAGAAUUUUAUUUUAUAUGUUCUGUAUUAUUAAUACAUUUUAUAACAUAAUUUCCAUUAUAAAAUUCUAACUUUUUAAAAAAUAUAUAUGUAUUUAAUUAUACAUUUGAAAAAAAGCUCAAAAUCUGUAACCAUCAACCAUACGUUCUUGCCAUGGAACAGCUCCUACUCCAUUGAAAUAAUCACACCACUCAUCUCUAAGUUGAAGGGCAGCAUUAGCAUGGCGGUUACCUCCUUGAUUGCCCAAAUUGAUCAUUCCAAAAGUAGGUUCUUGUCGCCACUUUCCCGGAUGAAAUCUAUACAUGAGUUCGUCUUCCUUAUCAAGAAAUUCAGGAGGAGUAUACAUAU